AUGGCAGAUACACAUAAUUUGAAAAUUGAGAUUGAAGCAGGUUCAGUGGCAUUGCGAAUGAAUUACCCAACAAAUAAAUCUUAUUUGGGCGUAAUCAGAGUGGAGGAGCUUUCGACAGUUAUACAAGCAAGUGUGAACAAUGAGGAAGUGCCACUGGAAGUACUGCUCUCACUGGGCGCCUGCUUCUGUUCUGACAACACGCCGUUCUAUUCGGAAUUGUAUAGCGAACGAAUUAGCUUGCAACAGCCAAACUUACGAAGCGAAAAAGCGGCGGGAAAAGAUUCGAGUCCUCUCAGUGAUGAGGCACCAAAAGCCACAAUCCAGAUUACGAAGUGUUUGAGCGAAAAGUCAGCGGUGACUAGGGGCUAUGAUGUGGGUGUUGUGGUUCGUGUUCCACAGUCGAUGAGUAUCGCAUAUAUUCACACGCAUCGUUAUUUUAUUGCAGUACUCGAUUUUUGGCAGCAGUUCUUCGAACUGCACAAAAUCAUUCUUCGCAGCAAUGCUUCGACAAAAGCUGUUCUUAAGGAUGACCGGCGAGCUCGAAUAAAAUUAGACUGUCUGAUCAACUGUCCGUCAGUUGUUGUGCUGCCGCUCAAUCAACUCUCAAAUCAAACUAUUAUUGCUGAAACUCCUCGGAUUCGAAUCAUUAAUCGAUUUCAUUUAUCAUCUACGAUUGACGAUUUCAGCAAUUCUAAGAUCGGCAACAUACUUGAGGAUGAUGAUUACGACUGUGUCAUUGACUGGAUGUCUGUUAAGUGCUCCGAAACAGCACUUUAUGAUGGCGUUCGAAUACCAAACACCACCGCUGCACUGCGUGAAGUUACUGCGCCUGAUGUUUCAAUGAGCACAGAUAUCAGCAGUCUAGCAGUGAAAUUGACCACCGACUUUUAUCGUUUGUUGCGCGGUUUCCUGUCGAUGAACCUCGGGGAAGCUUUGGUGCCAGUGCCCGAAACAAUACCUAUCGAAGUGCUGCAGGAACCUGCCCAACUCUAUGAAGUUAUUGGUGCGAGCAAUAAGUAUGCCUCUUUUUCGUUUCGGAUGGCCCUCUCGAAUGUUGAGUUCAACUGUUUCGUGCCACGCGCCAACGAAGCUUCUCCUCAAGGAUUUGACCCAUUUGCAAGCGUGAGGCUAAACAGCGCGCGUGUUUCGUUCGAUGUAUUCAUCGACAGUCAGUCUGAGCUGGACCUCAUCUGCGAGAACAUGGAACUCAUCGACACUCGCUUCUUACGUCAGUUUUGCUCCUAUCACUUUAUUGUUAAGCGGACUUAUGUUACUGAUAAAUGA